AUGGCCACCAACUCCUGCCAGGCCUUAUCUGUGGCUCUCACAUCGGCCCAGGGUGAGGGCAGGAACUCUGGGGACAUGCGCUGCCACACAUCCCUGUGUGACCCCGUCACGGUGGCUGCCACCUCACCCAGGGUGGCCAUCACGGUGACCUGCCACUCAAGCAGGGGCAGAAACGGCCAGGCCGAGGGAGGGGACAUCGAGGGUGAGGGCAGGAACUCUGGGGACAUGCGCUGCCACACAUCCCUGUGUGACCCUGUCACGGUGGCUGCCACCUCACCCAGGGUGGCCAUCACGGUGACCUGCCACUCAAGCAGGGGCAGAAACGGCCAGGCCGAGGGAGGGGACAUCGAGGUGACAAACACGCCCAGGGGGCCACUGCAAGAGGCCACAAAUGCCGCCAGGUCCCUGACACCUCCCCUGUCCUCUCCCCAGCUGUCCCCAGCCCUGCUGCAGCCACAGGUCACCGUGGUGGCCACCCUGGGCGAGCUGCUGGCCACCCUGCCCAGGCGGGAUGAGAUGAUGCGGCUCUUCGUGUCCUCAAAGUGCCCAUACUGGGACCUGGAGGAAUUCACCAGGGUGCUCCGGGCCACCAUAAAGUGCAUUGAUGACACCUGGUGGUGCCAAAAUGUCACCUACAAUGAUGAUGACUCUGUCACCUCCCUGAGCUGGGCCCUGGCUGCCUACAAGAGCACCUCAUGGACCAACUGGGAAUGCGUGAAAAUGGCAACCAUCAUAUGGCAGGCGUCUUUGGAUGUGCUCAUGGAGAGGUGGGUCGAGCUGGCCAGGAAGGCCACCAAGCUCCGCAACGCCUGGUGGGAGGUGGUCAGUGAGGCGGCUGACAUGGCGAUCACCAUCACCUCCGUGGCAAGCUACCUGCAGGAGGAGGUUGCCCAUUAUGGGACAGCUCAGGAAAACAUGGUGGAGCUGGGUCAGGCCCUUAGCGGGGAGGAGGGGACCGAGGGGGUGGACACGCUGGAAGCCCAGAUGAGAAGACAGGCCAAGGAGGCUGCCAGUGAGGCAAUAAGGACCACCAAGAUGAGACAGCGGGUGGAGGCGGCCCUGGGGCUGCUGGAGCGCUUGGUGGCCGCGUGUGAGGAAGCCACCGCGUUCCCCUGGGAGCUGCAGUGCAUGAUUGGGGACAUCGAGGCCACCAUGGAGGGGACAAAUGAGGUGUCCCCUGAUGUCCCUGAGGAUUUUGUGGACAAGGUGGCUGAGGCUGAGUGGCUGUGGGAGGCCAACACCCGCCUGGCAAAGGAGCACCUGCUGGGGACAGUUGAUGACAUCAUCAAGUUCUAUUUCGAUGGUGAUCCCGCCGGCCCCAGUGCCUGUGGGGUGACUGAGCGGUGCCAAAGAGCCAUCGAGGACAUCCCAAGGCUCCUUCAAGCCCAGGAGUGUCCCCAGAGUGUCCCCAAGGUGUCCCCAGUGAGCAUGGAGCCCCAAGAGGUGUCCCCUCCGCAGCUGCAGGCACUGGUGGCCGUGGUGGCCACCCUGGGCAAGGUGGUGGCCACUGUGACCGGGCCACACAGGGGCAAGUUCCUGCAUGAGUCCCCUGACUCCCUGCAUGAGGACCUGAAGAACUUCACCCAGAACCUCUGUAAGAUCCUGGACCACGGCGAUGUCACCUCCCUGGGCCACCAUAGUGUCCCCUCCCUGGGCCGGGCCCUGGCCACCCUCGGGGCCACCCCAGGGACAACCUGGGCCAACGUGAGAGCUGCGGCCGGUGCCUGGCGGGAGUCGGUGGCCAAGCUCGUGGACAGCUGUGACCAGCUGGCCGGGGAAGCCACCAAGCUGCGUGACGCCUGCAGGAAGGUGGUCAUGGACCAGCAGCUGAUGGUCUGCUGCAGUGCUUAG